AUGGAAAAUCAAUCUUACGAAUAUCGUAAUUGGGGUGAGUUAAUAGCAGAUGCACUUGUACUAAUCAUUACCAAGUUAACAUUACGUGACAAACUUCAUUCGAUUCCAAUUGUAUGCAAGCCAUGGUACAAAGUUAUUACCUCAUCACCUCAUUGCUGGCUUGACAUAGACUUUGAUGAGUUGUUUGAUGAUUUUCAUAUUCAACACAUCCAAGUGAUGAGUGUUAGAAUGAGACUUCUCCAAUUACUUCCAAUCUUACUAAGAAGAUGUUCACCCAAAUUCCACUCAUUUUCUUGCUCUAAAUAUCUCAACGCUUCAUCCUUAUCUCUUCUUGCAAACUCGGGUACUGAGUCACUUCGGACAUUGAAGAUGCCAUGGACUGAUUUAUCAAAUGAUGAGACAAUAUUUGAAAGUGUAGCUAGGAAACUGUCCAACUUGACUUACUUGGAUAUAAGUCACUGCAGUGGAAUUGGAGUUGAAGGUUUGUAA